CGGAGCUCGUGCCCUCAAGGCCGCCUGUGGGAGACCUUCCAAGAUGGCGGCAAUGUAAACAAGAACCGGCGAUAACUCAGAUGAAUACAAUGGAUAGCAUGGUUUUUCCUGGAGAAGAUGGUCCUGAUGGAACCCAGAGAUGUGGAGUGGUCUGCUACCUCCUGGUGUGAAUGAAGCUGAUGUUGCCAUAAGUUCAGAUGACGAAGAAACAGUGUCUCUUACUGAGAAUAUCUUAAAUGAAAAACAAGAAGAAAAGAAAUUCCUAGACAAACAGGCUUGUGAUCAUGAGGGAAAAAAUAUGGCUGAAAACCAACUUCCUUCUACAGAAGAACAGGAAUGUCUGGCAUGCCUUCCUGGAGUUUCCUUAGAUAUGUGGAAUAAAUUUCAGAAUCUGAAAAAGAAAAACCUUGACAUGAAAAAUCAAGAAAAAUGUCAAAGAUAUAGGAGACAAAAGAGAAAACGUUCUCAAAAAGGUAAAAUGAAAAGCAGUGAAGAAAUAACUGAAAGCCAAGAGUCUGUAAAAGAAAAGCACUUCAAAGAGCUCACUCAAUAUUUUGGAAUCAAUGAUAGGUUUAAACCACUGGAAAGCAAAGAAACUGCUCAAAAGUCUGGCCUUGAAAUCAGUAUAGACAAAUGUGUAGCUGACGGUAAUAUUGCCCAAGCUGAGGAAUUAAGUGAUAGAUUAGCUACUCGAGAGCUUGGUGUAAAAAUUGCAAAAGCUGUUGCUUGCCGAAAUUUUGUGAAAGCCAAGCAAGAUGUAGAGGUUACUCAAGAGGCCCGAAAAAAGAAAAAACUUGCAUGGGGUUUUGAAGCGAAGAAAAGAUGGGAAACAAAAAGCAACAUGGGAUAUAUGUAAUUAAUUCUGUCUAGGAAAGCUGAAAAAAUGUAAAGCAGCGGAAAAGGUUUGUUAAUAUAUAUGAUGCAUAAAUUAUAAAUUUAUUUGUUUUAUUUUGUAAUGUUUCUGCUGCUGAAUGAGUCAUAGAACAAUUGCUUUCCCUUCCAUAUGUUACUAUAUUUCAGGCAUUAUACCUUCAACCUUUUAAACAUUUCUGUCUUUUUCAUUACACAAACAUUCACGCUAUGAAGUGUUUUAUCAAAAAUUAUUAAGAUUAAAAAUAUACCAGCUUUAUACAAUUAUUUUAAAUACGAAUAAAUUGUCUUAAUCAAAAUUACAAUGUGUUAAAAUUCCUGUUUCCUGGAAACAUAAAGUAAAUUCUCCAUUAAUUUCUGAAAUAUAUUUCAUUUACAUUUCUCUUAUUAUUUACUUACUUAGAACAUUUAUGUAGCCGCCCAUCUUAAAACUUGUGACUCUUAAUUAAAUAAACAAAAAUUCAGAAGAAAAACAGUACAAGCUACUAAAAUAAAAUAAAACCCUUAAAUGGCUACCAGAAUCUAGGACUCCCCCUACAAAGCAGGGGAGCUUGGUUUAUUCUGAACCAAGUGCUUGGACAAACACCCAGGUCUUAAUUGCCUUCUAAAGCCCUGCAGGGCCAACUGUUUUUAUGGUGGAAAAUUGCUUGAAAAGUAAGGGGCUGCCACUGAGAAAGAAAGGCUCUUGGUUCUUAUUAAGUAAAAUGAUAUAUUUAAAAAUAAGAACUUUUAAUCUAACAAUAACUGAUUGUUUUUGAGAACUUGGGUUAAAAUAUUUUAUGAAUAAAUAGUAAUUUCAAGGUU